CUGUCUGUCUGGCUGCCCUUGGAGACACUGAUUCCUUCUGGGGAGGACUCGUCUUGUUCUGUCGGGUUAGGAAGGGCAGGCUUAGUUCAUGGCUUCAGAAGGACUGACUGGCUGGCUCCCCUUUCUCUCCUUGUUCCUCACAGAGCCGGCAGCCCUCAUCCUUCCUGCUAGCCCUGCCCAUCUCAGCCCCAUGCCCCCGCCAGUCAGCCCCGGGCUACAGGCGUUGAGCAGCAGACACUCAGGAGCUGAGGCCCUGUGACCAGGCCAGGGAGGGAGGAGCUCCACAGUCGGCCACCUGCCCCCCAUGGAGCUGAGGCCCUGGUUGCUAUGGGUGGUAGCAGCAGCAGGAGCCUUAGUCCUGCUGGCCGCUGAUGCCCGUGGUCAGAAGAUCUUUACCAACACGUGGGCUGUGCACAUCCCUGGAGGCCUGGCCGUGGCUGAUAGCGUGGCCCGAAAGCAUGGGUUCCACAACCUGGGCCAGAUCUUUGGCGACUAUUACCACUUCUGGCAUAGAGCAGUGACAAAGCGGUCCCUGUCGCCUCACCGCCCUCGGCACAGCCGUCUGCAGAGGGAGCCUCAAGUAAGGUGGCUAGAGCAGCAGGUGGCAAAGCGCCGGACCAAACGGGACAUAUACCAGGAGCCCACGGACCCCAAGUUUCCCCAGCAGUGGUACCUGUCUGGUGUCACUCAGCGGGACCUGAAUGUAAAGGAAGCCUGGGCUCAGGGCUAUACGGGGCGUGGCAUUGUGGUCUCCAUCCUGGACGACGGCAUUGAGAAGAACCACCCAGACUUGGCAGGCAACUAUGAUCCUGGAGCCAGUUUUGAUGUCAACGACCAAGACCCCGACCCCCAGCCCCGGUACACACAGAUGAACGACAACAGGCAUGGUACACGAUGUGCGGGUGAAGUGGCUGCUGUGGCCAACAACGGUGUCUGUGGUGUGGGUGUGGCCUACAAUGCCCACAUUGGAGGGGUGCGCAUGCUGGACGGCGAGGUGACCGACGCAGUGGAGGCACGCUCACUGGGCCUGAACCCCAACCACAUCCACAUCUACAGUGCCAGCUGGGGCCCCGAGGACGAUGGCAAGACAGUGGACGGGCCAGCCCGCCUGGCUGAGGAGGCCUUUUUCCGAGGGGUUAGCCAGGGCCGUGGUGGGCUGGGCUCCAUCUUUGUCUGGGCCUCAGGGAAUGGGGGCCGGGAACAUGACAGCUGCAACUGUGAUGGCUACACCAACAGCAUCUACACACUGUCCAUCAGCAGUGCCACGCAGUUUGGCAACGUGCCCUGGUACAGUGAGGCCUGCUCAUCCACGCUGGCCACUACCUACAGCAGCGGCAACCAGAAUGAGAAGCAGAUCGUGACAACUGACUUGCGGCAGAAGUGCACAGAGUCUCACACAGGCACCUCAGCCUCUGCUCCCUUGGCAGCUGGCAUCAUCGCUCUCACCCUGGAGGCCAAUAAGAACCUCACCUGGCGGGAUAUGCAGCACCUGGUGGUCCGGACCUCAAAGCCAGCGCAUCUCAAUGCCAAUGAUUGGGCCACCAAUGGCGUGGGCCGGAAAGUGAGCCACUCCUAUGGCUAUGGGCUCUUGGAUGCAGGUGCCAUGGUGGCCCUGGCCCAGAACUGGACCACAGUUGCCCCCCAGCGGAAGUGCAUCAUUGAAAUCCUCACUGAGCCCAGGCCCAGUGACUCGGCAUCAUGGUGCUCUCUGCACAGGGACAUUGGCAAGCGGCUGGAGGUGCGCAAGACAGUGACUGCUUGCCUGGGCGAGCCCACCCAUAUCACCAGGCUGGAACAUGCUCAGGCGCGCCUCACCCUGUCCUAUAACCGCCGCGGCGACCUGGCCAUCCACCUGGUCAGCCCCAUGGGCACCCGCUCUACCCUUCUGGCUGCAAGGCCACAUGACUACUCUGCAGAUGGGUUUAAUGACUGGGCCUUCAUGACAACCCAUUCUUGGGAUGAGGACCCGUCUGGCGAAUGGGUCCUGGAGAUUGAAAACACCAGCGAAGCCAACAACUAUGGGACGCUGACCAAGUUCACUCUCAUACUAUACGGCACAGCCCCUGAGGGGCUCCCUACACCUCUGGAGAGCAGCGGCUGCAAGACCCUCACAUCCAGCCAGGCCUGCGUCGUGUGUGAAGAAGGGUUCUCCCUGCACCAGAAAAGCUGCAUCCAGCACUGCCCACCAGGCUUCACCCCCCAAGUCCUCGACACCCACUACAGCACCGAGAAUGACGUUGAGACCAUUCGGGCCAGCGUCUGUGCCCCCUGCCACGCCUCCUGUGCCACAUGCCAGGGCCCAGCCCCCACAGAUUGCCUCAGCUGCCCCAGCCAUGCCUCCCUGGACCCUGUGGAGCGAAUGUGCUCCCGGCAGAGCCAGAGCAGCCGAGAGUCCCCGCCAGAGCAGCCGCCACCGCCCCCAGGGCUGACCCCAGAGGUGGAGGCUGAGCCACGGCUGCAGGCUGGGCUGCUGCCCUCCCACCUGCCCGAGGUGGUAGCUGGCCUCAGUUGCGCCUUCAUCGUGCUGGUCUUUGUCACUGUCUUCCUGGUCCUGCAGCUGCGCUCAGGCUUCAGCUUCCGGGGGGUGAAGGUGUACACCAUGGACCGGGGCCUCAUCUCCUACAAGGGGCUACCCCCUGAGGCCUGGCAGGAGGAAUGCCCAUCCGACUCAGAAGAGGACGAGGGCCGGGGCGAGAGGACCGCCUUUAUCAAAGACCAGAGCGCCCUUUGAUGAGCCCGCUGCCGCCCUCCUCAAGCCCAUCCCCUCCUUGGGCACUUUUUAAUUCACCAAAGUAUUUUUUUAUCUUGGGACUGGGUUUGAACCCCAGCUGGGAGGCAAGAGGGGCAGAGACUGCUUCCCACCCACCUUGGAGCCCACCUGGCUGCUGAACUGGGGCCCAGGUCAGCUGGGGAGGGCGGGCAGGAGGGCCUCUCACCCCUCACCCUCACAGGAGGAUGGAGCCACACCUGGGAGGCAGCUGGCUGAGGCUGAGGCUGAGGCUGAGGCUGAGGCAUGCAGAGUCCCUUUGGAGGGAGGGGCUAGCCCUUCUUCGGGUCCCACACCCAGCUGCAAUGCGUGCUCCUUCCUGUCCCUCUAAAGCAAUAAUGGUCCCAUCCAGGCAGUAGGGUGGUUGGCCUAGGAGGGAUUUGCAGGAGGCGGCCACUUCUCCAAGGGCUUUGCAUCCCCAACCCUGUCCCAUACCUCUGGUGACCCUCAGCAGAAGUGCGAUCACAGGAAGGGACCAAGGCAGGCAGGUGCUUCCAGGUGUGCUCGGGUGGCAUCCCAUCCCUCUGUCUGCCUCUGUGCCGCAUCCUCCAUUGGGCCAGGCCAAGCUGGGGAGGCCCAAGAUGGUAUCCUGACCACCCUGUCCUCUCUCGCACCUUCCCCUCCCACCAGGGCCCAAGCCCCUGUUUUCUGAGCCCCGGGCCACCUGGGCUGUUGGCAUUCACAGUCCCAGAGCCCCUGGGUGGGUGGUGGGGAGGGACAGUGGCCCAGCCGGCCUCUCCCGCCUCCCACCCAAUGCUGCUUUCCCCUGUGGGGAUCUCAGGAGCUGUUUGAGGAUAUAUUUUCACUUUGUGAUGAUUUCACUUUAGAUGCUGAUGAUUUUGUUUUUUGUAUUUGUAAUGGGGGUAGCAGCUGGACCUCUCACCCUGCUGCCUACGCUGCUGUCCCCUGGCUGCCCAGCCCUGAGGCAGAGGAGGCUGCAGUGUGUGGCUGAGGAGUGAGGAGUAGCUGAGCCCCAAGUCCUGAAGGGGCAGGCCAGCUUUGCAGGCUCGAGGAAAGGGGGUCAUGGCAGGAGGGGCAGGCGGACAUCUGUGUUUCAAAUGGGGCUUGUGGCAAGGGCUUGUGGGUCACCGAUUCUCCAAGUCCAGGGGUGGCCAGGGGGUGGCACCAAGCCCCCUCCAACACUGUGCCCUGAUGGAGAAAGCACUGACCUGCUAUGCCCCCCCCAAACCCCUCUUCUGACGUGCCUUUUGCACCCCUCCCAUUAGGACAAUCAGUCCCCUCCCCCUGGAGCACCCUUUUCUUUCCUCUAGUCCUUUGGGGUCCCCAGUCACCUGCCCACGGGUGCUCCCUCCUCUUCCAUACCCCUUUUGUGGCCAGCCCGGCUGUUUUUGUAAGAUACUGGGUUGGUGCACAGUGAUUUUUUUUUUUUUCCUUGUAAUUUAAACAGGCCCAGCAUUGUUGGUUCUAUUUAAUGGACAUGAGAUAAUGUUAGAGGUUUUAAAGUGAUUAAACGUGCAGACUAUGCAAACCAGG